AUGGAUAAGUUCCGCAUGCUUCUCCAGUACUUCCAGUCCAGCUCCGAGUCGGUGAUGAACGGCAUCUGCCUGCUGCUGGCUGCGGUCACUGUCAAGCUGUACUCCUCCUUCGACUUCAACUGCCCCUGCCUGGCGCGCUACAACGCCCUCUACGGCCUGGGCCUGCUGCUCACACCCCCGCUCGCCCUUUUCCUCUGUGGCCUCCUUGCCAACCGGCAGACCGUGGUGAUCGUAGAGGAGUGGCGGCGGCCUGUGGGGCACCGGAAGAAGGACCCAGGCAUCCUCAGGUAUAUGUGCUCCUCUGUGCUGCAGAGAGCACUGGCCGCCCCCCUCGUCUGGAUCCUGCUGGCCCUCCUUGACGGGAAGUGCUUCGUGUGUGCCUUCAGCAGCUCUGUGGACCCUGAGAAGUUUCUGGACUUUGCCAACAUGACCCCCAGCCAGGUCCAGCUCUUUCUGGCCAAGGUGCCCUGCAAGGAAGACGCGCUGGUCAGGGACAGCCCUGCGCGGAAGGCGGUGUCUCGCUACCUGCGGUGCCUGUCACAGGCCAUGGGCUGGAGUAUCACGCUGCUGCUGAUCGUGGUGGCCUUCCUGGCCCGCUGCCUGAGGCCCUGCUUUGAUCAGACAAUCUUCCUGCAGCGCAGAUACUGGAGCAACUACGUGGACCUGGAGCAGAAGCUCUUUGACGAGACGUGCUGUGAGCAUGCGCGGGACUUCGCCCACCGCUGCGUGCUGCACUUCUUCGCCAGCAUGCAGAACGAAAUGCAGGCUUGGGGGCUGCGGCGGGGCAAGGCCAGCAGGGGAGCCGAGGCCCCCGAGAUCUCAGAGCCCACCGAGGGCACGGAUGGUGGGAGUGGGAAGGCCUACCUGCGCACAGUCUCAAGCCAGGAGCAGGUGAACCAUCUCCUGAGCACCUGGUACUCCAGCAAACCGCCACUUGACCUCGAGGCGUCCCCGGGGCUCUGGGGGCGUGGCCUCAGCCACCGCGCCUCCACCGUUGCCCAGGGUACCAAGCUGUCCCAGCACACUGACGUGUAG